GCCAUUUGCUUCAAUAAUUGUUGUGGUGUGAAGCUGUCCCUGUUGCUGUCCCCAGGGGCCAGUUUAUCAAGGAGAAAGUGCUGCAGUUCUCCACGUGCUCCAAGUAUUGAAAGUGGCCCGGGAAAGGGCUCGGGUGUCCCGCCUGGACUUGUACUUUGCCCUGAAGCAAAGGCUUGACUGUGCCUGGGGCCGAGGGCUGUCCGGAGCCCAGACAGCUCCGGGAUCAAGCAGACGCGGGGGUCCAAGGAAAGGGGCGGUGAGCGGAGCCUGAGGGAUGCUGUCACCCCGGGGCACGCACAGGAGCAGCUGACCCAGCUUAAAAAAUGUGACGCAUGGCCCCUGCAGCAAAAGGAUCAGGAGCAGUUUCUGGGUUGGUGCAAGAGCCCCACAGGACACAAAGGUGAUGAAGAUGAGAGGAACCUGGCUGGGUGUGCCUGUUGGACACCUGCUGGCUCUGGGACACAGGCACAAAUGGAGAAACAUGAUGGAUUUCAGAAAGUUCAGGCUGUUUGUCUGCCUGGUCGGGCUCAGCAGUGCCAGCUUCUGGGUUUUGUACAGCUGGCCCGAGUUCUGCGUGUUCUGUGGGAACAGCCAGGGUUACAUAUUCCCCACAGAGACUUUCAGGAGGCUCGAAGGGAACUUCUCUCUGCUCCCGGAUGUCGACUGCCACAAGAGCCCUCCUUUCCUUGUCCUGCUCGUGGCGUCCUCCUUCCAGCAGGUGGAUGCCAGGAUGGCCAUCCGGCACACCUGGGGCAAGGAGAGGACAGUGGCUGGGAAGAGCCUGGUGACGUUUUUCCUCCUGGGAAGCCCUGUGGAUCCCAGCCAGCAGGCUAGCAUCGCUGAAGAGAGCCAGAGGUACAGAGACAUCAUCCAGAAGAACUUUACAGACACCUAUUACAACCUGACCCUGAAGACCAUGAUGGGAAUGGAGUGGAUUCACCGGUUUUGUUCCCAGUCCGGCUUCGUGAUGAAAACCGACACAGACGUGUUUGUCAACGUUUUUUACCUCACUGAGCUGCUUCUGAGGAAAAAGAAGACUGCUGGGUUCUUCACAGGCUUUUUAAAACUGCACGAGUACCCCAUAAGGACAAGAGGGAGUAAGUGGUAUGUGAGUAGGGAGGAGUAUCCAGGAACGACCUACCCACCCUUUUGUUCCGGGACUGGAUAUGUUUUAUCCAGUGACGUAGCCAGUCAGAUCUACAACAUUUCUGAGAGCGUUCCAUUCAUUAAACUGGAGGAUGUGUUCAUAGGGCUGUGCCUUGCCAAAUUAAAAAUUCAGCUGGAGGAGCUUCACUCAGAGCAGACGUUUUUCCCGGAGAGGAUCAGGUUCUCUGUCCCUCGCUUUAAGAAAAUCGUGACGUGCCAUGAAAUAAAACCAUCCGAGCAGCUGAGCUACUGGAAUCGCCUGGUGGCAGGAAAUCAAGGAGGAGUGCUCUAGCACCUACCCUGCUCCACUUAACAAACUGAAAUUCUCUGCUUUUACAGGGCUGCUCCCAACUCCAGCAAACUCCCAAUUAACUCCAGCUCCAUCUCGUUAAAAGACUUUUUAAAUGGUCAUUUUAAUCACAGAAUCAGAGAAUUGCUAAGGUUGGAGAAGACCUCCAAGAUCAUU